CGCCUCCACGCCAUUGACCACUGAUCACUGAUCAGAUUGCAGUGUUGGGAAUGCGUGACUGACGUCUUUAUUCAAUAAGCACAUAACAGAAACCCAGAGCAGAGGGCAGAGGGAAGGAGACAGUUCUUCACACAGCGAGUAGUGAGAGGGAUGGCACCUUUUGUGCAAUGAUUCAGUCCAGCCUAAAUGAUUAAUUCGAGUCAAUAACAGAACCAGCCAAGACUGACCUGCAAUCUUUUGCGGGUUGUGCAAUGACUGUGGUGGGUCUGCAGGUUUCAGUGUCCGUUUGCGGGUCUGACUGGCGCACUGCGGGUCACUUUGUGGGGUCUGUAGUUUCCAGCACUUGCUGGUUAUCAGUUCAUUAGCAGGCUGGUCCGGUCUCCCCUCCAGCAGUGACGGGGUUAAGUGCCGCUGUCUCUGGGAGCUAAUUAAUAAUUCAAUGUCAGGAGGCUUGCAUAAAUUCCUCUCGUUGAGCAGUGGGUGCAUUCACUGAGCAUCCACCCUGACUGCAUACUAAACACUGCAGAGACCAGCCUCCUUCUCUCUCAUCAGUAUCAUAACACAGCAAGCCAGCCAGCCAGCAACCCAGCGAUCGCUGCAGGCAGUGCUGGGGAAUCCUCUCUGGUCCCGGUUUAGUUUUUUUCUAUUGGAAAGGGGGUGAAGAUGCAAGGCCAGGGCUUUGGGAAGGGCUGGCAGUGGGGGUCGUGGUGCGCCCUGUGUCUGCUCUGCCUGGUGGCCUCUGCAGGGGGAAAGAAGGCUCCCAAAGUGCCCCGCUGUCCCGUCAGCUGCUCCUGCACCAAAGAUAGCGCCUUCUGUGUCGACUCCGCGUCUAUCCCCAGGAGCUUCCCUCCGGGCAUCAUAUCUCUGACUCUGGUAAAUGCUGCCUUCACUGAAAUCCCAGAGCGAGCCUUCUCUCAUCUCCACCUGCUGCAGUUCCUGCUGCUCAACUCAAACACCUUCUCCCAGAUUGCAGACGAUGCCUUUGCCGGAGUCCCCCAUCUGCAGUACCUAUUCAUCGAGAACAACGACAUCCAGUCCCUGUCGAAGCGCGCCUUCCGAGGGCUGAAGUCCUUGACUCACCUAUCCCUGGCGAAUAACAACCUGAAACAUCUUCCCAGAGACAUCUUCAAACACCUGGACAUACUGACCGACCUGGACCUGAGGGGGAACUCACUGAGCUGCGACUGUAAGCUGAAGUGGCUGGUGGACUGGCUGGGAAAGACCAACACCUCUGUGCCGGCCAUCUACUGUGCCAGCCCCCCCGAGCUCCAGGGCAGGAAGCUGGCUGACCUCAAGACCCACGAUUUCAACUGCAUCACCACGGAGUUCGCUGUCUAUGAGACCUUCCCUUUCCACUCUGUCUCUGUGGAGUCUUUUGAGUUUGCCGGAGACCUCUUUGUGGCCUUCGCCCAGCCUGCCACAGGGAACUGCAGCCUGUACGUGUGGGACCAUGUGGAGACGGUCUUCAGGAAGUUCAACAACAUCAGCUCGAGCUCGGCUGUGUACUGUAAGCCCGUGGUGAUUGAAGAUUCGCUCUACAUGGUGGUGGCUCAGCUUUUCGGAGGCUCGCACAUCUACAGGUGGGACGGCGACACGGAUAAGUUCAUCAAGAUCCAGGACAUCGACACGGCACGGAUCCGCAAGCCCAACGCCGUGGAGGCCUUCCGCGUGGAAGGAGAGUGGUUCUUCGUGGUGGCGGACAGCUCCAAAGCCGGCUCCACCAGCAUGUACCGCUGGAACAGCAAUGGCUUCUACUCCCACCAAUCCCUGCACCCCUGGCACCGGGACACCCACGUCGAGUUCCUAGAGACGGAGGGCAAGCCCAGGCUCAUCCUGUCCAGCAGCUCCCAGCCCCCGGUGGUCUACCAGUGGAACCGCAGCCAGCGUCAGUUCACCUUCCUCUACGAGAUCCCCAACACCAGCGACGUCCAGAUGGUCAAGCACUUCGUGGUGCGGAACGAUGUCUACCUGUGCUUGACCCGCUUCAUCGGGGACUCCAAGGUGCUGCGCUGGGAGGGCCAGCGCUUCGUGGAGAUCCAGACCCUCCCUGCCAGGGGCUCCAUGGUGGUCUACCCCUUCUCCGUGGGCCCGCGACAGUACAUCGUCCUGGGCAGCGAUUUUUCCUUCUCCAGGGUCUACCUCUGGGAUGCCCUGACUAAGAGAUUCGAACCCUUCCAGGAGCUGAACUUAAGGGCCCCUCGUGCCUUCAGUUUCGUCUCCGUCGACAGCAAGGACAUCCUGCUGGCGUCCAGCUUCAAGGGCCACACCCUCGCUUACCAGCAUCUCGUGGUGGAUCUGAGCGCCUGAAGAACGUUCAGAACCCGACACACAAGGACGUGGUCCAGGACUAGGGGGUGCUCUUGUGCUUCAGUGAUAUUUCUGGUGUGCUGCAGCAAUAGCUCACUAAGAUCUGUGCAUCUGCCUGUAUUUUUUAAUCAGAGAAAUUGACGAGGCCAUAGUAAACGAUCAUGCUGCCACUCCCAAUAACACAACACGGGAAUAGCGUCUGCGUUUUAGAAAGCAAACCCACAAUAACUUUUAAUGGUGGCCGAAACAGUUCACAAGAAACGUGCAUGUUUACUAUUUCAACCAGAUUAUUAUACCUUUUUGAUCAUAUAGAUAUAUUACAGAGGAAGCAAUUAACUAGUGCAGUAUUAAAACUGGCGAUCAUUCCUAGCAUUGUAUGUUUUGUUUCAGUUCACCCUGUUAGCUGUGUAUUACCAUAGCAGGUGCCUGACUAAUAAAGAUAUAUUGUAACCAUG